AUGGCACGAUACAUCGACUGUUUGAAUUUGACGAUAAUGCGCAAAGCAACAAAAAUAUAUAAAAUGUCUAAUCCUGCUUUGUCAAAAAAUGUUCGAGAUUCAACAGACAGUGAUCAUGAGGAAAAAGAAGAUGGCGAACUUGAAGAGGGUGAAGUUGAAGAAGAUGAGACGGAUCAAUCUUAUAUUAAAACAGAAGAAAUAAAGCAUGAAGAAAAUCGUGAUGAUGCAAAAGAAAACAAACCUGAAAGUACGCAAUCUCAAAAUGAUGAACAGCAAUUUAUUGAUACUAGUUCAAUAAUUAUUCAUAGUCCCAAACCUGGUUAUCGUCGUCGAGAUCAUCAUCAUCAUCACAGUAGUCAUCACGGACAUCAUCAUAAUGUUCAAACAACCGAACGCCAGUAUUCUAAAGAUCGUGAUAAUAGAGAAAAAAAUCGGAAUAAUAAACAUGAAACAGCAUCAUACGAUCCGAAAAAAAGACGGAAAAGGCGUCGUAGUGAAGAAAGAGAAGAUCGUAAUAAAAAACGAUUGCGUGGAAAAUUUCGUGGUAGUGGUGGUGAUGGUGGUUUCAUAGAUGUUGAUAAAGAUUUUGAAGAUGCUGAAGACGAUGAAAUGGUGGGCGUUGUUUGGCCGCCAAAAUCGAAUCGUGGCGGUCAACAACAACGCUUGACCUCUCCUUCACAGAAAAACAACGGUGAACAAACACAAGAACAACAUCAGAAAGAAUCGAAUGUGCAUGAUGAACAGCAGUCAAGCGACGAACAAUCUUCAAAUACUCUUAUGAAUGGUCAUGAUGAGCAUAAUGAAGAACAAACUAUAAACGAUGGAGAAGAUGAAUAUGAUGAAGGACGAGCGGAUGAUGACAAUGAAACUGGACAAAAUGAAAAUCAUGAUCUAACUGAAGGUGGUCAUGAUCAACAAGACGGCAAUCGAAGCAAAAAACUCAUACGAGAUGAUACAGAUAUACAAAAAUCCAAAAUGACAUAUCGUGAUCGAGACCGUGAUCGUGAUAGGAAUGAACGUCAUAAUCGUGGUGGUAACAGAAAACCGAGAAUGAAUGAUUUUUUAAAGGAUAAUUCAAAAAGUGGUAUUGAAAAUAGAGGAAGGCGUUAUUAUGAAAAUCGCCGUGAUCGACCUUGGGGACAAGAUCGAGAUAGAAACACUUCUACGAAUAAUAAUAAUACUAAUUCAAAUGGUACGGCAAUAAAUGUUGGUAGUAACAACACAAGCGGAAAUGCAGGUGGGAAUCCGAGAUAUCGAAAUAAAACAUCCGUAUCAACAUCAGUUUGUAAAUUUUAUAUGGAAAAUCGUUGUAUGAAAGGCUCCGAAUGUUUAUUUAGUCACGAUUACAAACCAUCCAAAAAAACGGAGUUAUGCAAAUAUUAUGUUCAAAGCUAUUGUCAAAAAAAUGAUAUGUGUCCAUUUCUUCACUCAGAAUUUCCAUGCAAAUUUUAUCAUACUGGUACAAAAGAAUGUACACAAGGCGAUCGAUGUAAAUUUUCUCAUGGCAUAAUUGUCAAUGAAGAUAUACGUUUUGCAUUUGAAAAAUAUUUGAAUGAGCAAGAUGAACAAAUGGCAAAUAGUGGUAAACAACGUCCAAGUGCAUUCGACUCAUCAUCUAUACAAAUGACUAAUUCAUCGAAAGAUCAAAUAAUGAACGCUGAAAAACCGUCAAUAUCACAGUUUGCCAUACCAGCAUUAAUGGAAUUAUUUGUAAAAGAACCCCCAAAUGGUAAUUCUACGUCUGUCACAGAUACGGUACAAAAUUCUUCCUCAGCUCAACAACAAAACAGCACCAGUCAAGUACAAACAAACAGUUUAUUACAGCAGAGAACUGGACUUUUCAAUGAUACAUUGAAUACAAUUAAAGAACAGGACGACUCAUCGACUAACAAUACAGCAAUAACUACAACAAGUACAUCAAAUGAUGGAACACGGCUGAAUCAAUUAUCAACGGUAACAACAACAGCAAAUUCAAAUGCCUGUCCAUUGCCACUGCCACCUCAGUUGUUAACGAUGCCUUCUGGUCUUCCUCCGCCACAUUUACUUAAUCCAAUGCCAUUAGCGUUUUCUCGAUUACCUCGAUCAUCUAUUAAUAAUAACAAUUUGCCACCCAUACCUCCUGGCUUAUUUUCACCUGGUGCUCGAGUACCAUUUUUAUUUCCUGGCUCAUCUCGAAUGUCAAUUACACCACCGAAUUUAGAUUUUCUUAAUACAGCCGCGGCAGCGGCCGCUGCUGCAUACACGGCCGUAGCUGCCAAUACAAAAUUCAAUUCAAACUCUUCUAUGUCAGUCACAUCUGGACAAACAUCAUCUUCAUUUUCAACAAGCCCCCAACUAGCUAAAGAUAUCGAUGAACGGAUAUCGAGCCAUUCAACAAUAAAAGAUAUUGAUGAACGCGGAAGCAGUUCAACAACCACUUCUUCAACACUAUUACCACAAUUAUCCUCCUCAACGACUCUUUUACCUACAAUAUUACCGCCUCCACCAUUGCCUCUUGGACUCUUAUCUCUACCAUCAAAUACGUCUACAACAAUAAGUACACCAGUAGAUUCUUCUUCUACAAUUGAUGAUAAAGAGGAAGAACCUCCAGUAAAAUCACUUCAAGAAAUAUUUAAGACACCCAGUUCUUUAAUGGUUGAUAAUUUAUUCAGCGUGCAGGGAACAGCUACAACAGCUGCACCGUCAUUUGAUUUCAUUUCAAUGCUACAAAAGUUAAAACAGAAUCAUCUUAAUUCAAAUGAUUCAAUUAGUCCAUCUGGUAACCAAGAUUCAGUUGAGAUUCACGGAACGAUUAAUGGUCGUUUCAAUUAUGUAGUGCGACCAAUUAUCAUCAAUUUACAACCGUAUGCAUUGCCAGAACCAUUAAAAGUUAAUGAUCCACGUGGUCCAAGAUAUCAAGAAAAAAUUGUACAAUGGCAACGUGACAAUCACGAAAGAAUACGUAUGGAUAAAUUUAAAACAUAUUCUCUUAUGCAGCAACAAACAUCAACUUCUAUGACGACAAAUAAUGUAUCGACUGCUAGUCAUGUGAAUACGAAUCCGAUCGCAUCAAACUCUAAUAAUAUGCACUCACGUGAUCCCCGUCUUCUACGAAAUGCACCAAAAUCAAAUAAUAUUAAAGAAAAAUCUCAUUCACAACAAUUUUCACCGCAAUCGUAUCAACCACCAUAUCAACAUCAUGGGAAUGCUCAUUUCUUACCAUUACUUCCUCCAUAUCCACUAUCUUCCACUUCUCAUACCGGUUCUUCUGAUCAACGUCGGCAAACGAAUGACGACACUUAG